ACUUCUUCCCAUCUCUCCGCGACGACAUAAUCGAUUGAACCCAUUCAUUUGGAGAUUCCUUGCUCGGUUUGCUCCAGCUCUCGUAUUCUCUGCGAACUCGCGCUCCUGGGAGCCUCAAUACCGCCGCUAUGGAUAUCGCCCUCGAGCUAUGCGAUACCUACAUCUUUGACUAUAUGUACCGGGCUAUCCUGCCAGUGCAACCUGCCCCGUAUGGCCUGCAAGAUGGAAUGGGCAAUGCGACGACAUAUGAUUACAAGGCUGCGUCAAGCUGGCAGUUCAAGCCAGCGUCUUCAAUCCUUUCCUUCACGCCCACAGACGCUGCAUACAUGAGCACAUUGGAUAGAGAUAAUAUAUAUCGACAAUCUUUCUCUCUGUUCCUGAUCACAUGGAUCGCAGGUGCAACCGUUUACUUCGUCGUCUCCUCCCUCUCCUACGUCUUCGUAUUCGACAAAACCGUCUUCAAACACCCCAAAUUCCUCAAAAACCAGAUCCACAUGGAAAUCAACCAAGCCGUCGGCGCCAUGCCCUGGAUCGCCAUCCUCACCGUCCCCUUCUUCCUCGCCGAAGUGCGCGGCUACUCUAAACUCUACGACCACCUGGCAGACGAGCCGUACCCUUACUACAACUACCUACAAUUCCCGCUCUUCCUCAUCUUCACCGAUUUCUGCAUCUACUUCAUCCACCGCGGCCUGCACCAUCCGCUCAUCUACAAGACGCUGCAUAAACCACACCACAAAUGGAUCAUGCCGACCCCCUACGCAUCAGUAGCCUUCCACCCCGUGGACGGCUGGUCGCAAUCCGUGCCCUACCACCUGUUUCCCUUCAUCUUCCCUUUGCAAAAAUUCGCCUACCUGGCCCUCUUCUUCUUCGUGCAGAUCUGGACCGUGUUGAUCCACGACGGGGAAUACGUGUCCAACUCGCCCAUCCUGAACGGGGCGGCGUGCCACACGAUGCAUCAUCUGUAUUUCAACUAUAAUUACGGGCAGUACACGACGCUGUGGGAUCGCUUGGGAGGCAGCUACAGGAAGCCGAACGAGGAACUGUUUAGGAGGGAGAGUAAGAUGGGGCAGAAGGAGUGGGAGAGGCAGGUUGCGGAGAUGGAGAAGAUGGUUAAGGAGGUGGAGGGCGAGGAUGACAGGUCUUAUGGGCCGAAUGAGGGGGUUGUUAAGAAGAAUCUGUAGAUUCUUCGAAGACAACGAACCUGGACAAUAGGAAGAGGCUUGCGUAAUGUUGAAGUGUGGCAAGCAUUGAGCUGGGACGAGAAGUUGUGGUAGAUGGGAGACGACGAAUAUUGACUGACUGCAUAUAAGAGGGCGUUGGGGUAUUUUCUGUCCUGGUUCUCCUUAUACUAUAACUCACACAUAGACGUCGCUAUACCCUCUAAAUAGGACGGCGCGUCAACCUAAUACCACUCGUUCUUUGAUCUAUCUUUUACCUCGAGAAAUUUGGUGAUGGUGUUGUGUAGGGACCAAUUGAAAGAGCAAGGUCUCGAGCGUGGAAGGGGAUUUAGUGACAACUUGUUAAUGAGCACGUCGC